CUCGACUCGGCUAAGUUUUAUUUCCAGUUUACAUUCGACCUUCCCUACCUCGCCUUCUACUACAACCAGAAGCUCCUGCUCUACAAAGGCGGGAAUGAGGAGGGCGGCGCGGUGGUGGAGAAGCUGAGAGAUUGGCUGGAAUUGGUCCUGGAGGAGUUCCACCAGCUGACCGGGAAGCUCGAGAAGGAUGAGGAUGGGGUGUUCAAGGUCGUUUACGACGAUCACAUGGAGGGCGUGGAGUUCGUGGAGGCCGAGGCAGGGGACGUGGAGGUGGCGGAGCUGACGGCGGAGGAGGGGUUCUCCAGGUUUAAGGAGCUGUUGCCUUAUAAUGGAGUGUUGAAUUUGGAGGGGCUGGAGAGACCCUUGUUGGCUGUGCAGCUCACGAAGCUAAAAGACGGGCUGGCAAUAGGCCUCGCCUUCAACCACGCCAUACUGGACGGGACAUCCACGUGGCACUUCAUGAGCUCGUGGGCCGCCAUCGGCAAAGGGGCCACCUCCGUCCCGGUCCCACGCUUCCUGGACCGCACCAAGGCCCGAAACACCCGCAUGAAGCUGGACCUCUCCCAGCCCUCCGACGCCCCCGAGCACGCCAACUCCGCUCUCCGCGGUAGGGUCUUCAAGUUUCCCGCCUCCGCCAUUGACCAAAUCAUGUCAAAAGUCAACAACAAGAUGUUGGAAUCGUUGCGAUCAAAGGACUUUGACCAAGAAUACUUUCAACGAGACAUUUAA